AUGGGUGGAAAAAGGAGAGGGAAGGGCAGAGGGGAGAAGAAGGGGAAAGGGAAGAGAUGGGUGGCGGGAGGUGGCAUUGGAGAAGGUGCUGGUGGUGGAGCGGAUGGUGGUGCUAGAAUUGGAGGAGGUGCAGGUAAUGGUGCUGGUACUAGUGAUGGCGUUAGAGAAGGAGCAGGUGGAGGUGCUGUUGGAGGAGCAGUUGGUGGUGCAGGAGGUGGGGCUGGUGAUGGAGUUGGGGGUGGAGCAGGCAGGAGAGUACGAGGAGGGGCUGGUGGAGGCAUUGGUGGUGGUGCCGAAUAUGGAGCAGGUGGAGGCGUGGGAGGAGGGGUUGGAGAAGGUCUUGGCGGAGGUGCUGGAGGUGGGGCUGGUGGCGGGGUAGGGGGUGGAGCGAGUUGGGUUGCUGCUGGGAGACAGAGGUAA